UGAGCAGAGCUUUUUCUGCUGCAGUCUCACCUUUUAUGUCCCCCGUCCAGUUCCCAUCCAACGAAAGCAACACUAAACUGUUCUCCAAUUCCCCCCACCCCAUUUGCUCCAACAGGCCUUCUACAAGCACCGCCAUUUGCGCAUCCCAAAAGCUAACCUCUACUUUGUCUUACAGGUGAAAGGAGAAGGGAGAGACCAUCAUGUCUGGAAAACUUAGAAAGUGUGUGAUGCUAUGCUGUGGAGGAAAGCCCCCAAGUAAAGAUAUGGCGACUGAUUCAUGCGAGGACGCCAUUGCAGAACUGCAGAAACUUCUCAGCGAGAAAUGUGGCCUCGAAACCGUCGCCGCCGCAAAAAUCAAGCAGAUAACGGCCGAGUUAGAGAAAACCGGUUCCGAACCGUUUGAUGCAGUCGAAAGGAUAAAAACCGGGUUCGGUCGCUUCAAGACAGAGAAAUACGAGAAGAAUCCUACUUUGUACGACGAGCUUGCCAAAGGCCAGAGCCCCAAGUUUAUGGUGUUCGCCUGCUCAGACUCUCGAGUUUGCCCUUCACAUAUCCUGGAUUUUCAGCCAGGGGAGGCAUUUAUGGUCCGAAACAUUGCAAACAUGGUUCCGCCUUAUGAUCAGACCAAAUACUCUGGAGUUGGGGCGGCCAUUGAAUAUGCAGUAUUGCAUCUCAAGGUGGAGAAUAUUGUAGUCAUUGGACACAGCUGUUGUGGAGGGAUAAAGGGGCUCAUGUCUAUCCCAGAUGAUGGGACCACUGCUAGUGACUUCAUAGAACAGUGGGUCCAAAUCUGUUCACCUGCCAAGUCCAAGGUGAAAACAGAAUACACUGAUCUGACUUUCGCGGAGCAGUGCACUAACUGUGAGAAGGAGGCUGUGAAUGUAUCCCUGGGAAACCUGUUAACCUACCCAUUUGUCAGAGAAGCUGUGGUGAAGAAAACCCUAGCUCUGAAGGGUGCACACUACGAUUUUGUCAACGGAUCUUUCGAGCUCUGGAGUUUUGAAGUUAACCUUUCCCCCCCUCUACCUGCGUGAGAAUCCAUACAACCUGAAAUCAUUUCCUUCUAUAUAUAGUUUUCGAUGCAUGCUGUACAUGUUCGCAUGAACAUAAUUUAUCUGACAAAAAUAAAGGAUCCUUGCUGGCUUGUAUCUUCCAUAAACUAUAUAGUUGUCCUUUCGAGGUUUAUUUGGUCGACUCCGGCUUUCUGGAUAUUGUAUAUUUGCUAUCAUUUUCGUAAGCUAUCCAAACCCUUGUUGAA